GCCACCCCACACCCUCCAUUUUCUUAGCUGACUCUCUCUCUCCUAUUUCUCUCUCCAUUAUACCUCCUCCUCCUCCUCUCUCUCUCUUUCUCUCUGUUUUUCUCUUCCUUCCUUCCCUAUUAAUUUUUCUUCUGUCGUUAUCCUGUCUGUCUGUCUGUCUGUAAAUUGGUUUUUGAUAUUGUUAGCUGAUUAAUUAGCUUUUUUGAAAGAAAAAAAUAAUUUAAUUUUUAAUUAAUCUGUUUUGUGUUUUGCACUUUUUUUGCAUUGGCUCCUCCUUCUGUAUAUAGUUUGAUCCCAUCGAGAUCACAGAAAAUAAUACGCGGGUCCGUCUGAGGAGGAGCAAAUUAUGCAUGUAAAUAUUGAUUAAUGCAUUACUAUUACUACAGUAUUUCUCUCAUUGAUUCUUGCUAAUUUUUAAUUAAGCAACCGAACCAAUAUCGAUUAAGCUUUCGAAGCCUAGAGAGAGAGAUUUGGAAAUCAUGUUGCAGCAUGUGAUUCAGCAGCAGCAGCAGCAGCAGGAGCAGAAUGAAAUUUCCAGCCAGAUUAGCUCUCAAAUAUUCGAAUUUUGUGACCCGGAACUAUUCCAAGAGACCCUACAAAAUUCCGAGGUCACUUCUUCUCCAAAUUGCUGCUACGAAGAAAAUUCAUCCUUCGUAACAAACCUUUCGCUGCCCCCAGAUAUAGAAACCAAGUUCAGUACCUACCAGGAUAACAAUGGCCAUACUGACACAAGCAUUUCCCAAACCCCCACAACUACUAGCACCACCACCACAACAACCACCACAAGCACCAACACCACCACCACUGCCGCCAGUGUUAAUAACACCACAACCACUAUCACCGAUGCCAUCAACAACAAUAAUGGCAACCUUUCCAUAAUAUUUGAUUCCCAAGAGGAAAUUGAUAAUGAUAUAUCAGCUUCCAUCGAUUUUUCUCCAUCACCAUCCUUUUCUGUACCUCCCUUUCUCAUAACCCCGCAAGAUCAAUUUGAUUUCUCUCAAUUGCCACCUCAAAUGCCAUUAGCAGAUUCUGUUGUUGAGGGAUUUUCACAGUACCCUGACGAACCUGUACCACCUCUUAUGACAGCUCCAUUAGCAUCAGUUUUUGAAGAGGAUUGCUUGUCUUCAGUGCCUUCUUAUGUUCCUUUGAACCCUUCUGCUCCUCCUUGUUCAUUUCUCGGUCCUCCUAUGGGACCAUACAUGCCUACUGGGCCUAUAAAUCCUGCUUCACUAUCUGCUGACAACACUGGAAUUUUCACCAGCAGCAUUCUUAUGGCUUCUGAAUUGCAACAGCAAGACUUGGAAUAUCAAGGAGACAAUGGUGGACUUUUCUGUCUAGAUUCAUUAUCGAGGGUUUUUAACCCCGAAGAGCUUCAGGCACUUGGUGCUGAGAAUCAGCAACUGGUGAGUGGGGCUGGGAACUCUACUUCUUUACCAACUGAGAUUUCGAUAGCCGAAGACCCAAAUUUUAAAGUAGGAAAGCUCUCUGUUGAAGAGAGGAAAGAGAAGAUCCACAGGUACAUGAAGAAAAGGAAUGAGAGGAACUUCACCAAGAAAAUCAAGUAUGCCUGCCGCAAAACACUUGCUGACAGCAGACCUCGAGUCCGAGGAAGAUUUGCAAAGAACGAUGACUUUGGAGAGACCCAUCGACCUGUGGGAAGCAGUCAUGAAGACGAUGAAGUAGUUGUGAAAGAGGAAGAGGAUUUGGUUGAUUCCUCAGAUAUCUUUGCUCAUAUCAGCGGAGUGAACUCUUUCAAAUGCAGCUACCCAAUCCAGUCCUGGAUUUGAGCAGCAUAUAGUACUAGACUAAUAAUCUACCAAUUUUGCAGGACCCUCUUUCCACCAGUGAUUUGUAUAUCCUGGUUUAAUAAAAAAAAAACAAAUGAAUAAUUGGGUCAUUAUAUAUAUUAUUCAUAUAAAUAAUUGAGUCAGGAGGAAAUUAUAGAAAGUGCAUAACUAUGUAAAGUCUUGUGAUACUAUUUCUUGUACAGACUUCAAACCUUGUAAGGUGUACAUUUCAUGGCAUCUUACUUACUUGAAUACUAGUGGAACCUUUGUUUGUA